UCUCGUCUUGAAGACAUUGACAUUAUUUGCAAAAAAAAAAACACAUUGUGAAAGAAUAAUAAAUUUUAAUUUAAUUUCUAUUUGUGUUAUUAUUUAUUGCAAAAGAAAAAUGACUAUAAAGUCGCUACUUCAUUGGGGUGGAGGUGGCGGUGGUGGUGGUGUUGGACAAUCACACACAGUACCAGUUGAAAGAUGGCAUGGAAGUUCAUCAGGUUCAAGUCAUUGGGAACACAAACCACAUGGUCAUAGUCAGUGGAAAGGAGGUGGUAAAGGUGGUAGUAAUGCAGCACUCAGUGCUUUAGCUCUUCUUGCAUUUUUAUUUUUUCUUCAUAUAAUGCAACAAUCACUGAAUGAAAAUAAUGCAAUGACACCAACAACAGUACCACCAGCACCAGAAGCUGUUAUUCUUCGUGAUAAAAUAAGUGUCAUUGCAGCAAGAGAACAAGAUACAGAAGAAAAUACAAAAUUGAAAAAACAAAAAAAAGAUUAUGAUGAAUCAAAAAAAGGCGAUACACUUUGACGUGAUUAUAAUGAUGAUUAACAGACAAUUUCAAUUUUUUAAAAUACAAAUAGUUAAAGCUAAUAUGUAUCUGUAAUUUACACAAUAAUUUAUAAUAUUUAUUCUACGAAAAAAACAUGAUCUAUGUCAAUCAAACAAAAUUUUAUAUAAAUAAUUGCAAUCUUACCUUUCACAU